AUGGCGGCCGACUGGGAGGGCCUCGCCUUUGAGCUGGGGCCCUGGCGCGAGACGGGCACGUUCAUCCUCAAGGGGGCGCCAAUUGAGGAGGCCCAGAUGCUGCUGGACGACCAUGUUGUCAAGGCCCAGGCGAUGUCGAGCAGCCCCGCCAGCCGGCCGUUUGUGGAGAGGAUCGGGCCCUGGGAGGCCAAGCUGCGGCGGUUCCAGGACAUUCUGGAGGAGUGGCUGCGCUGCCAGGGCAAGUGGUUGUACCUGCAGCCCAUCUUUGGGGCCGAGGAGAUCAUGCGGCACAUCCCCCGCGAGGGCGGCGCGUUCAGGACUAUGGACGAGGCGUGGCGCGGGAUCAUGGAGCGCGUCCGGCAGGAGCCCCUCAUGCUCAGCGUGGCGGACUGGCCGGGCCUGCUGGAGGAGCUGCAGUCCUGCAGCGCGCAGCUGGAGGUGGUGGAGCGCGGCCUCAACGACUUCCUGGACACCAAGAAGAUGGCCUUCCCCAGGUUCUUCUUCCUGUCCAAUGACGAACUGCUCGAGAUCCUGGCGGAGGCGCGUGACCCCAUAGCAGUGCAGCCGUUUGUGAAGAAGUGCUUCGAGGCCGUCAAGGAGCUCGUGUUCGCACCCCCUACGGGCGACGUCCCUGGUGCCGGGCCGUUAAUCACCGGGUGCGUAAGCGUGGAGGGGGAGAAGAUCGACUUCCUUGAAAACGUGGAUCCCACUGCAGAAGGCGGCGUCGAGCGCUGGCUGCUGCGCGUGGAGUCGGCCCUGAAGCAGGCGCUCCACCGCCUGACGCGGGACGCCCUGGCCGCUUACGUCACCACGCCGCGUCACCAGUGGAUACUGCAGUGGCCGGGGCAGACGGUCCACUGGACGAGGCACGUGACCGAUGCGAUCCAGUCGGCGGGGGCCAAGGGGCUGACUGCCUACGCCGCAAAAUGCACCCAGGACCUGAACAAGAUUGUGGGGCUGGUGCGAGGCAGCCUCACAUCACUGGAGCGUGCCACCUGCGGCGCGCUGGUGGUCAUUGAUGUGCACGCGCGGGAUGUGGUGUCGUUCAUGGCGGAGGAGGGCGUGGAGGACCUGAGGGACUUCAAGUGGGAGAGCCAGCUGAGGUACUAUUGGGAGACCCAGGACGAGCCGCCCUCCGGCGUCAAGGGCCCCGUGGAAACCCUGGUGGUGCGGAUGAUCAACGCGGAGGCGCUGUACGGCUACGAGUACCUGGGCAACAGCGGCCGCCUCGUCAUCACGCCGCUCACGGACAGGCGCGUACACCCAAGCGCCACGAGGCAAACGCUCAGCAGCAGCUCAAGGCUGGGGCGGAGCAAGGCUGCUCGCGCAGUCGCAUGCACCGGCAAGACCGAGACCACCAAGGACCUGUCAAAGGCUCUAGCAAUGCAGUGCGUUGUCUUCAAUUGCAGCGACGGCCUCGACUACAAAGCCAUGGGCAAGUUCUUUAAGGGCCUGGCGUGCUGCGGCGCCUGGGCUUGCUUUGACGAGUUCAACCGCAUUGACCUUGAGGUCCUCAGUGUUGUUGCGCAGCAGGUGCUGACCAUAGUGAGGGCCAAGGCCGCCAAGGCCCGCAACUUCAUGUUCGAUGGCACUGACAUCCCCCUGGUGCCGACGUGCAACGUCUUCAUCACCAUGAACCCGGGGUAUGCAGGCCGCAGCGAGCUGCCAGACAACCUCAAGGCGCUCUUCCGCGACGUGGCCAUGAUGGUGCCCGACUACGCCAUGAUCGCGGAGAUCAUGCUGUACAGCUACGGCUACCUGGACGCCCGCGCCCUGGCGCGCAAGCUUGUCCAGACCUACCGGCUGUGCAGCGAGCAGCUGUCCAGCCAGGACCACUACGACUACGGCAUGCGCGCCGUGAUGAGCGUGCUGCGCGCGGCCGGCAGCCUCAAGCGCGCCUUCCCCGCCGCGGGGGAGGACGUGCUCAUGCUGCGCGCCAUCAGGGACGUCAACGUGCCAAAGUUCCUGGACCAGGACGUGCCGCUCUUCAACGGCAUUCUGUCGGACCUGUUCCCGGGGGUGGACCCGCCGGAUGUGGACUACGUUGCCCUCAGGGCUGCCCUGGCAGACAACUGCGCCCGCGCCGGGCUGCAGCCGCUCGAGCCGUUUUUGGUGAAGGCUGUUCAGCUUUACGAGAUGAUCCUGGUGCGCCACGGCCUAAUGCUGGUGGGCGCGAGCUACGGCAUGAAGACCACCGCAUACAGGAAGCUGGCCGGGGCGCUCAGCGACAUGGCUGCGCGCGGGCAGGGCGGAGAGGUGCCCGUCAAGCUGCUGGUGCUCAACCCCAAGGCGGUCACCAUGGGGCAGCUGUAUGGGCAGGAGGAUCCGGUGUCACUGGAGUGGACAGACGGGGUGCUGCCGGCGCUGUUCAGGGGCGCCACGCGCGACACGUCCCCGGACCGCAAGUGGCUGGUGUUUGACGGCCCCGUGGAUGCGCUGUGGAUCGAAAACAUGAACACGGUCCUGGAUGACAACAAGAAGCUGUGCCUCAACAGCGGAGAGAUCAUAGCCAUGCAGGGCCUGAUGAACCUCAUCUUUGAGGUCGCCGACCUGUCGGUCGCGUCUCCGGCGACCGUCAGCCGCUGCGGCAUGGUGUACGUUCAGCCGGACCUGUUGGGCUGGCGCCCCGUGUUCGAUUCCUGGCUGGCAGCGCUGCCGGCCGCGAUAACCUCGGAGGACCGGGAGGAGCUGUCGCAGCUGGCGGCGUGGCUGCUGCCGCCCUGCCUGAGGAUGGCGGCCAAGGGGUGCCCCCAGGUGCUGGCCGUGCACGAGAUCAAUUUGGCGGUCUCCUGCAUGAGGCUGGUGGAGGCGCACCUGGACGACCUAGUCAGGUCCGAGGCGCUUGCAGCUGACACGCCACCCGAGAAGCGCAGCGCGCUGCUGCAGUGCACCUUCCUGUUCAGCCUCGUCUGGAGCGUCGGCGCCAACACUGACGGCGAGGGGCGCGCAAAGUUCGACGCGGCCCUGCGUCGCCUGAUCGCGUCCGCCGCCGGCCAGGGCGGGCCGCCGCCGGAGCUGGCCGCGCACAUCACGGCACCCGGCGCGCGGGUGGCGGUGCCCUUCCCGGAGGGCCGCUCGGUCUACGAUUUCGUGCUUGACAGCUCCAAGCUCAAGUGGCAGGGCUGGACCGAUCGGCUGGACGCAGCGCCCAUCAACCCAGAUGCGGAGUACACCUCAAUCAUAGUGCCCACCACAGACACACUGCGGUACACGUACCUUUUGGACGUCCUGGCGCGCGCGCACCGCCACGUGCUGCUCGUCGGGCCAACAGGCAAGUCGGACGCGCCUGCUGGCAUGUUGCAAUCCAGCCUAGCCCCGCCGCAGCACGCGGCUGGCACCGGCAAGACGGCCUACGUGAAGCGCCACCUGGCGUCCGGCCUGCCGGCGGCGUCGUUUGUCCCGUGCCUGCUGAACUUCAGCGCUCAGACCAGCGCCAACACGACACAGGACGUCGUUGAUGGCCGGCUGGACAAGCGGCGUCGCGGCGUGUGGGGCCCGGCCGGCGGCCGCAGGAUGGUGCCGGAGCAGUACGGCGCCCAGCCGCCGAUCGAGCUGCUGCGCCAAUGGAUGGACCAUGGCGGCUGGUACGACCGGAAGGAGCUCGCAUUCAAGACACUGGAGGGCUUGCAAUUCGCCGCCGCUAUGGGGCCGCCCGGCGGCGGCCGCAACGCAGUGACGGGGCGCUUCCUGCGCCACUUCUCAGUCAUCAGCGUGACCGCUUUUGAUCGCGACAACCUGAGCCUCAUCUUCAGCGCCCUAACAGACUGGUGGCUCAAGAAGUGGAGCUAUGGGCAGAACAUCACGCGGCUGGCGAAGCCGUUGGUGGCGGCCACGCUGGAUGUUUAUGAGCAGGUCCAGUCCAAGCUGCUCCCCACCCCUGCCAAGAGCCACUACACUUUCAACCUGCGGGACGUGUCCAAGGCCUUCCAGGUGUGA